ACUGGGGUGAACCCAAAAAACAUGGGCACCUCUCCAGAUGUGUGACUGCAUGGUGUGCCAACAUGGUUUUAGAGCAAAUUUAAUCACACCAGGAGAAAUGAUUUUUUGAACAGAAGGCAACUUGUGUUUUCAUGCAGAAAAUAAAUCUCCAUGCUUUUUUUUUUAAAGGACAAUGUGAUUGAGUAGGGAGAGGCACAAAUUUAUGCUAGUGGUUGGAGGGACUUUUUAUUACUUUAGGGAAAGGUUUGGGAGAGCAGACUCUUCCUUUCAACACCAUCCAACUGGAACAGGAACAAAGAUGUUGAGAAGCCUUGCUAUUUGGGGGUGGGAUUCAAGCACAUACCACCCAAUUCAGGUUGUGAUAGUAGAUCAGGAAGACUUGCACAACAAACCCACUUUCCCAAAAUAUCAGAUUUUUGGGAAAUAUGGAAAGUAAUGGGGAAAUGCACUGGAAACCAUGGAAAGUGUUUGAUGCAACAUUGUCUAAACAAACUCCCUGCAACCAGAUAGAGAUGAAUGCUCACUAACAAGUCAGCGUUGUCUAGCUGCUCUGUGAACAAAUGAAUCAGGAUAAGUGCUCAAUCAACAGCUCACUUUGAAGCCCCUCAAGUUUUAUGAGGAAUGGCUGAAGGAACUGGCCAUGUUUAGCCUGAAGAAAGCACAAUUAAGAGGUAAUAUGAAAGCCACCUUCAAAUAGAUGAAGCCAAGUUUGUCUUCUGUUGCUGCACAGUGUAGGGAUAGGAACCAAAACCAAUGGGUUCAGCCUAAUGAGUGGAUUUAGACCACACAUUACUAAAUAUUGCCUGGUGGUAUGAACUGUUCAACACCCUUGGAAAGCAAUGAACUUUCCUUAGUUAGAGAUUUUAGUUAGAGUCCACCUAGCAGUGAACUUCCCCAAUCAGCAAGGAGUUAAACUACAUCCCCCACUUGAAAUCUCUCCCAAAUCUGUGAGGCUAUAUAGACUCAAGAUGCAUUGCUACCUCAUCCUCCUCUAGCACCCGACAUGAAAUCCUGAAAGAAAAGGAUUCCAUUCUAUGUUCUCCAUUUAGGGCAGGAAGUCCACAUGUUGCUGGACUCUCAACUUCCAUCAGCCCCAGCAUAGACUCAUUGAAAUGAAUGAACAUGGCUAAGGUAGCCAAUUAAUUUUGACGGAUCUACUCUAAACAAGGCUGAAUUGAAUACCACCCUUCAGCCCUACAAUGGCCCUUAUUGUUAUACAUUUCUAAUGUGCUAAUCCCUUCUCCUACAACCGUUAUCCAGGUACAGAGAGAGUUAAUAUUGCCCUGGGCAGCUGCCAAUGCUGGAAGGUCCUAGCGGCUCCAGGUUCUGAACUAUGUAUCUCUUUCUCAAAUAAGCGAAGCGAAUCACAUCAACCAUCAUGUGAUUGAGCACUGCCUCUAAGGGCUUAAUGAAGCAGAGCUUUUCUUCCGUCUCUUGCAUCUUUCUCUCCCUAUCUUCCUUUUACUGCCUUGGCCCAUGUGCUUGUGGCUUUUCUGUCCGUCAUUUGGCAAGUUGGUGGGGGGGUGGGGAGGUGUGUGUCUGCGUCUCCGUAGCUUGAGCCUCCAGAGGGUCUUACAGCAUCAAGUAUUACUUUGCUGAGUUUUUCAUCUCUCCUGGACAAUCCCAUCAUGGGUCACUGAAAUGAGCAAGUGGAUCUCAGCCAGGCAACUUCACUUCUUCCUGCUGAACCUUCAUUGCAUUGUCUGGACAUAAAAGACAGAGAUUGCCCAAAUGGACAACAACCUGCGUUUUGACUUCCACAGAAAGAUCACUGGGCACCUCACCUUCCCUCUGCUGGCUGUCACACUGCUGUCAUCGUUUGGGUCUUCCAUGCUGUAUGGCUACAAUUUGGCUGUGGUGAACUCUCCAGCAGCGCACAUCAAAGCCUUCUAUAACACAACAUGGUUUCGGCGUUAUGGAGUGGGCCUGGCUCCAGCACGGCUCACUCUCAUGUACUCACUGACUGUCUCGGUUUUUGCCCUGGGAGGCCUGGUGGGAUCACUGCCUGUGGGAGUACUGGUAACCCAAUAUGGAAGGAAUGGUACCUUGGUCCGUAGCAAUGUCCUCGUCUUCCUGGCUGGCAUGUUAAUGGGAUUCAGUCGCUACUUGGAAUCACCUGAAAUGGUCAUAUUCGGACGCUUCAUAACCGGCGUUCACUCUGGGAUCUGUCUCAGUGUGGUGCCCAUGUACCUGGGAGAAAUUGCCCCUAAGAACCUGCGUGGAUUCUUGGGCCUUGUACCAAGCAUUUUCAUCUGUCUGGGGGUCUUCUCUGCCCAAGUCCUGGGCCUUCCAGAGCUGCUGGGAGAGGAUCCCUACUGGCCUCUCUUCCUCUCGCUGGUGGUGGUUCCUGCCUUCCUGCAGCUGAUCCUCCUGCACUGGUUUCCAGAAAGCCCCCGUUACCUUCUUAUUGAGAAGAAUAACGUCCUUGGAGCUACUGAUGCGCUGCGUUGGUUCCUGGGCAAGUACGACGUGCAGGACGUAAUCGAAGAGAUGCAGGAGGAGAAGCGCUCGCUGGCUUCUGUGGAGACGGUGUCUGUGUGGCACCUGCUCUUGGAUCCCUCUGUGCGAUGGCAAGUUCUCUCCGUCGUGGUGAUCAACAUGGGCAUGCAGCUCUCAGGGAUUGAUGCGAUCUGGUUUUACACAAAUGUCAUCUUUGAGAAUGCCGGCAUCCCUGACCCAGAGAUCCCCUACACUACGGUUGGCACGGGCGCGAUUGAGGUCGUUGCUGGCUUGAUAGGCUGCUUCACCAUUGAGAAGCUGGGACGUCGCCCUCUCAUCAUAGUUGGGUUCUGUUUCAUGGGCAUCUGCUGCGCAGGCAUCACCUUGUCUCUGAUUCUGCAGGCAACUGUGUCCUGGAUGCGUUACGUCAGUGUGGCAUGUGUCAUUGGCAUCAUUGCAGGAUUCUGCAUGGGACCAGCUGGGGUUCCAUUUCUGAUGACAGCUGAACUCUUCAAGCAAUCGCACCGGCCAUCGGCCUACAUUGUGGGUGGGUCCCUCAACUGGCUCUCCAACUUCACCGUUGGCUUUGUGUUUCCCUUCCUGCAGAUGUCUGCUGGUGCCUUCUGCUACCUGGUCUUUUGUGGCGUCUGUCUUUUGGUGGCACUGUAUGUCUAUUUCAUCAUCCCCGAGACCAAAAACAAGACGUUUAUGGAAAUCAGCCACAUGUUUGCCUCUCGCCCCUCCUUCCUCUCCAGCUUGCCAGAUUCUGUCAAGAUGAUCAAGUUCAAUGGUUAUGGUGCCCUGGAGACGAGCUCCCUGGAACUCUCUGGCUCAGGAUCCAACCCUCCAUGAUGAUCUCCCAUUCAGUGUUUUGGGGAUUCCCAAUUUCUCCAAUGUGGGGAAGCCACCUCAGUGAAAUGGCAAAGGGAGACAAUAAUACUGAUUCUCAUCCUGUAACUUCUUUCAUCUUGCCUGGACCAGCAGUACAAAAGGGACCGGGGGGAAGACUUUGGGGAGAAGCAUCUAAUUUAAACCUAAGAAGUCUGACUCUGCCCCCAGGUAUUUUGGGUGCACUUCUGUCCCAAAUCCUUUCUUCCUCCUUCACUGUCUUCUUCUGAGGGCUGGAAAUUAGUAGCAUUGAGGGAUAGCUAUCCUCGGGAACUUGGUUUAUAAACACAGUUUUUUCAGAAAGUCUUGAAUGGGACUCAUCCUCUUUCCUUUAAGGCAUUUUGAGGAUUUUUUGGAGAUCUCCUCACCUGUUUCCCGAUUUUUCUGGUAGUCAUGCCAACACAUGACUGGAAAUCCUAUUGAGAGAUCACCAAUAACAAGUCUUCCCAGCAGUGCUGCAACUAAACAGCAAUGUCUGAACCACACCAAAAGACAAACUCAGUAUCUACCUGCAUAUCUGUAAGAGCACAUAUACAUUCCACAUGCCACUAUGUCCCAAAAGGCAAAGACAGAAGUCAAAUGCCCAUCCAGUCACCGAUUUACUCUCUAACGGAGCAAGAGCAAUACAUUGCUGGGACAUUCCACUCAACACUGAUUCAUUCAUAAGAAAACUAUUCCAGGGAUAGGGAACUUGUAACCCUUCAAGCUCCGUAUGGCCUACACCAGAGAUGAAGAAUCUGUGGCGCUCUAGAUGUUGCUGGACUACAACUUCUGUCACCCCUGACCUUUGGCCAUGCUAGAUUGGACUGAUGGGAAUUGGAGUCCAACAACAUCAGGAGGGCCACAGGUUCCCUCAUCACCCCACAGAACCUGAGGUUAUUUCCAGAACACCUGGUUAUUGAGGAUUCAUUCUGAUUUGUUGUACAAUUCUUCUAAGUCGUGUUUUCCAAGUUGCUUCCCUCCAACCCAGCCCUAGAGAUUGAAAAUAAAGAGGAAUGUUUUGGGUUUGU